AAGAAUAAGGUGCGGAAAUAAAUCUCGAGAAACAAAGCUUUCUCGCGCGCGCUCCCGUCUCGCUGCUAAUGUCAUUAUGCGCGUGACACGAGCUGCUGUUUUGCUCAAAUCCAGAGGUUAUAGGUUCCUGUCACUGCUGUCAGCUCAUAAUAGUAUUAAUAUCAGCACUGUUAAUAAUACUGACAGUCGUGAUGAGUGAAGAGCCGGUGGCUCGAGAGAGAAGCGGACACACAGCGGCGGCGGACGGACACUUUCUGUAUGUCUGGGGCGGAUACGUGUCGGUGGAAGACCGUGAAGUUUUCCUUCCAAAUGACGAGCUCUGGUUGUACGACUUAGAAACUGGGAUGUGGGAAAGGCGUGCUGUGUGUGGGACGGUUCCUCCGGCGAUGUCUGGGAGCUGCGGCUGCAUCGUGAAUGAAGAGCUGUAUAUCUUCGGCGGCUGCUGUGAUGAUGGACAGAUUAAUGAACAUUACUCAGUCAGUCUGCAGGACGACAGCUUCAGCUGGAGGAGAGUGAGGCUUCGGUCCGGAUCGCUGCCGUCGCCACGAGAUAAACUCUCCUGCUGGGUUCAUGAAGGAAGAAUCAUCUACUUUGGUGGAUAUGGUCACAAACUGCGGAGUGAAAUCAAUGAUUCAAAGAGCUUCAUCGUGGAUGAAGCAUCAUGGGCCGAGGACAUUUUCUGGGGAUGGAACAACGAAGUUCAUGAGUUUGAUACAGAAAGAAGCAGAUGGGUCGAGCCGCAGACCUUCGGACGAGCUCCGGCCCCGCGAGCCGCUCACGCUAGCGCUAGCAUCGGCAGCAAAGGCUACGUGUGCGGUGGAAGAAUAAGAGAAACUAGAACAAGUGACAUGUUUUGUCUGGAUUUAAAUUCCUGGACCUGGUCAGAAAUCGUGUCCUCCACCGCGGCUCCUUUAGGACGCUCAUGGCACACGCUAACAGCAGUGUCAGAUACGUCUCUGUUCCUGUUCGGGGGACUCAGUGUGGACUGCAGACCCAUGAGUGACGGCUGGAUAUUUGAUCUGGAGACAAAUGGAUGGACAAAGAUGGAGCAUCAAAACAAGGACAAACCGCGACUCUGGCACAGCGCUUGUCAAGGAAGAGACUCAGAUGUUAUAGUGUUUGGAGGAAGUCAUGAUUAUAUCCUCUUAGUGGACAAAGGCCACUGCAACGAUGCGCUAGUGUUCCAGACUCAGCCGUACCCGCUGAUACGAUUAUGCCAAGACUUCAUUGCAAGCCACGCCAGCACGUUUCAGUCCCAGAUUCUCUGUUUACCACCAAAACUGAGGAACGCUGUGAAGAGAAGGACCAUUUUCUUCAGAACUAGCAGAAAGUCACAGAAUGUAGAAUGAGUUGUUUUAAAAUAAAACACGGCACACCUGAAAA